AUGCUCACAAAGAAUUUAGGAGACAAACCCUUCUGCAUUCCAUUGAGUGUACCCGAAUUCCAAACAGAUUCUAGACCAAUAGAAGCCUUUAGAAUUUUUUUGAAUUUGCGCGGGACAUGUAGGUUCCAGAGUUCGAAAAGGGUUAACGCUUAUACGUGUGUCAGUGAAUACUCUUUCCGAAAUGAAAGAUGCAACGCAUUAUUUGAAGAGGAUGAAGUACCUGACGAAGUAGAUGCACCUGGGGAAAAAGCUGCUAGUUUAUGGAGGCACCAUGAUACUUUAAUUAAAGAGAACCGACCACAAGUGCACAGUAAUGACAAAGCUGCUGAAAUUACUUUUUAUUUAAACCAACCAGUGGAAGAUUUGAAUAAAACAAACCCCAUUAAAUUUUGGAACUCCCAAAUGUUUGUGAACCUUCGUAAAAUAACUGUACGAUACUUCUGUAUUACUGCUACAUCAGUACCAUCAGAAAGGCUUUUUUCAGAAGCAGGUCAAAUCCUAACCGAAGACAGAAGCAGGCUGACUCCUGAAAGAUUUGAUAGGCUGUUGUUUUUGAAUUGUUUGGAGAGAGAAGAUUGGUGUUUAGAUUAAAAUAAACAAUAAAAUAAACUUAAAUAGUGUUAAUUUUUUUACAAGCU